AUCUGUCUCUCUCUGCAGAUCCCAAAGUUUCCAUGGAAGAAAAAUCUGAAAAUAUAUGAUCUGUUUCUCUAUCUUUUUCUGUAUGUGACACAAGGAUGUUUACUUUGAUUGGGACUGUGGAAGAGAAAGGUUUGACCUUUCUCCCCGUACAAUACUUUUGGCUUCCAUUUUUCCGGGAAAGUGUGAAAGCGAAGAUUUUUUUUUUCUCUGACAAUGGAACGUAUCCAGAAGUCCACCUACAGUGUGAAUGUAGCGUUUCGGAUUCUCCCCUUUUCUUUUUCUUCGCUUUGCUCGUUCAUGGUCAACUCCAAUGCCUUUCUUCGUUUUCUCCUUUCUGGGUUUCUGCUCAGAAACAUGACCUUACCACGGAAAAAACUCCAGAGUUUGUAAUGAUGAGUCUUCUGUGAUGAUGUUCUAGGGUUUUUGCUUUUCUAGGUUUUGAGAGAGAGAUAGUGUAUUUUCUCUUCUCUCCUUCCCUUAAAAUGGGUUAUGUGGGGUUUGGAGGAAGUGGCUGAAUCUGGGCAGUGAUGAUGAGGUCAAAGGGAGGAUGACUGAAAGCGUGUAGAGAGAGUGGAAGAGGGAAGUUGGAGAGAGAAAGGGUUUUCCCAUUUUUAGUCAGUUUUGGUGGAUUCAUCGGUAUUGGUGGUGCAAGAGUGGUGGAUGAUACUCUUUCACGGGCAUGACCACGGCCACCACCAUCUCUCAGGCACCUCUCAAGCCUGUGUUUAGCUCUACAUGCUUCAUCUCCCUCUCUCUCUAAAAUUUCUGGACAAGGGUCCUGUUUGAAAAGCGGAGUAACAUGGAGGAUCAACAUGAAAGGGUUCCAGUGGAUGGAAGAGUUUUAGUGGAGGAAAAGGUUCCAGUGGAGCAACUGGUUCCAGUGAAAAGGGUUCCUGUGGAGGAAAGGUUUCAUUUAGAAGAAAGGGUUCCAGUGGAGGAAAGAGUUCUGGUGGAGGGAAGGAUUCCAGUGGAAGAAAAUUUCGAUCCAAGUGUUAUGGGGAGGAUCAAUGAAGAUGGGUAUGAGAGCAUGUCUGGAAGUGGGAACUUAGAUGGUGGAUUGGAGGAUGAGCAAGAAACCUUGGUACUUGAGAGGCCGGCCAAGAAACUGAAAUACCAUCGACAUACUCAAGAGCAAAUUAAUGAGCUUGAAACUUGCUUCAAGGAAUGGCCUCAUCCUGACGAGAAACAAAGGUUGGACCUCAGUAGGAAGCUCAACUUGGAGCCUAGACAAGUGAAGUUCUGGUUUCAGAACCGGCGAACCCAGAUGAAGAACCAGUUGGAGCGCCAUGAGAAUGUAAUGCUUAGACAAGAAAAUGACAAGCUUCGGGUUGAGAAUGUUGCAAUUAAGGAUGCUGUGAGGAACCCAAUAUGCAACCACUGUGGUGGUGUGGCAAUGCUUGGCAACAUAACUAUUGAAGAGAAUCAACUAAGGGUUGAGAAUGCCCAGUUAAGGGAUGAACUAAGUCGGAUCUGUGGCCUAGCAGAGAAGUUCUUGGGCAGGCCUGUCACACCUUUGGCGAGUCCCAUUGCUCUACCAAGACCAAGCUCAAAUUUGGAACUUGAGGUAGCGGGAAAUGGGUUUGGUGGUUUAAACUCGGGGGGCACUCCCUUACCAAUGGGGCCUCUUACUAGGCCAGGCAUGAUGGGUGUCGAAAAGCCCUUUAACAGCUCUGUGUUUGUGGAGCUUGCAGUGACUGCUAUGGAUGAAUUGCUUCGGUUGGCUCAGGCUGAUAGUCCCAUUUGGAUGACAAGCUUGGAUGGAGGAAAGGAAACAUUGAACCCUGUAGAGUACAUGAGGACAUUUUCUCCUUGUAUUGGCCUGAAGCCCUCCGGCUUUGUAACUGAGGCUUCAAGAGAGACUGGUAUGGUAAUGAUCAACAGUUUAGCUCUUGUAGAGACAUUGAUGGAUGGGAGUCGAUGGGCACAAAUGUUCCCAUGUGUGAUUGCUAAAGCUUCUACAACUGAUGUGCUAUCAAGUGGUAUUGGAAGAACUAGGCAUGGUGCUCUGCAACUGAUGCAUGCUGAGUUGCAAGUUCUUUCACCAUUGGUACCGGUCCGGCAAGUGAAGUUUCUCCGGUUUUGCAAGCAACAUGGGGAAGGAUUAUGGGCUGUGGUUGAUGUGUCCAUCGACACUGCUCUAGAUGGUGCGAGCAUAAAUUCAUUUGUUAACUGCCGACGACUUCCUUCUGGCUGUGUCGUGCAAGAUCUUUCAAAUGGUUACACUAGGGUUACCUGGAUAGAACAUUCAGAAUAUGAUGAGAGUGCCGUCCACUAUCUCUACCGAUCCUUACUGAGCUCUGGAUUGGGGUUUGGCGCACUGAGAUGGCUUGCCACCUUACAGAGGCAGUGUGAGAGCAUUGCAAUCCUUUUGUCAUCAACCGUCCCCUGCGAAGAUCAUCCAGUGCUGACACAAGCUGGUAGGAGAAGUCUGCUACAACUGACAAACCGAAUGAGGGAUAACUUCUGUGCUGGGGUUUGUGCUUCAACUGUUCGGAUGUGGAACAAGCUCCAUGUUGCUAGUCUUGGGGAGGAUGUCAAGGUCAUGACCCGGAAAAGUAUGAAUAUUCCUGGUGAGCCUCCUGGAGUCAUCUUGAGUGCUGCAACCUCUGUAUGGAUGCCUAUAAUGCAUCAACAGUUAUUUAACUUCUUGAGAGAUGAGAGACAGAGGAGCAAGUGGGACAUUUUAUCCAAUGGUGGGCCAAUGCAAGAGAUGAUUCAUAUUCCAAAGGGCCAAACAAGUAGCAACUGUGUUUCUCUUCUUCGCCCUAAUGCUAGAAACCAGAAUGACAACACAAUGCUGAUACUGCAAGAGACAUGGGCAGAUGCAUCGGGCUCACUUAUAGUCUACGCUCCUCUUGAUGUAGCAUCAAUGCGUGCGGUGAUGACUGGUGGGGAUUCAAGCUUCGUGGCUCUCUUGCCAUCAGGAUUUGCAAUUGUUCCAGAUGGUUCUUCUGGUUAUGGAGAUGAUUGGAGUGGGAAACUGGCCAGAGGUAGCAGCAACAAAGGCUCAGGGUCACUACUGACAGUUGCAUUCCAGAUAUUGGUGAACAGCCUUCCAAUGGCCAAACUCAAUGUGGAGUCGGUUGAGACCGUGAACAGUCUUCUGUCCUGCACAAUCAACAAGAUCAAAUCUGCAGUUUCUUCAGCAUAAGCAGCAGGGUUGGUGGUAUCAACCUUUCCUUUCCCUCCUCAAUACCGCCUUUUUUUUUCCAUUCUUUUUUUAAAUAUAGGAGCAUAGACUAAAGGGUAUAGAACUGUAGAAUGAGGAAAAUGAAGAGGGUGGAAAUAUUGAAACGAGGAGUUUUUGAGCUACUUGUGAGGGCUUUGCUUGAUAUGUAGACAAUGUGGUUUUGGAUAUCUGGGGACGGGUUGAAGUUAGGAGCAUGCAAAGGACAGUAACUCAGCCAUGCCCCCUAGCUUGGCUCAGCUCUCAGUGCUCUUUUGUGGUGUGGGAUGAUUUCUCUCUUUUACUUGGGAAGAACAUAUUUAAAUCUUAGUUUCAUUUGUGCUAUUUGGGAUAAUUUCUAUUUUAUUUGCAGAUAGACUAGUUUUGAACUCCAUUAUGAUUAGGGAUGUUGAGGUUCUUUUUUGGGCAGUUAUAGAGACUAAAUAUUUGGCAUUAAUUUAUGUUUCGAAUUUGGAUUGAGAUCUUAAAUUGCUCGCUUUUGUCUUUUAAAGGUCCCAUCGGACGUUUAGGUCUAAUUGCUUUGUAGUAAGUUUGGUCAUAUUGUUCUGUAUCUUGAUCUUAUUGUUUGUAUCACGUCAAUUCUUUUGUAUCUUAGUUUCAUUAUUUGUAUUUUUAUACAACGGGAUUUGCAUAUUCAGUAGAUAUCGAUUAGGUAUCUUAGAAUUUUCCGAUUUAAGUUAUUACUAUGUAAUGUCUUUGCUUUCUCACUUGUAGGAGUUGGUUUUUUUUCAGGUAUCUCAUAGAGAAUGGGAAUCUAUUCCCAAGUCUUGGAGGAGGCGAUGACAAGAUUUUACAUGUGCUCUUUCAUGUGAGAUAAUGUACCAUGAAUAGAUUGAUUUCCUUCUUAUUUUUGGAUAUUUAAUGACUAUUUCAUUGUUUAUUUUACCGUUAAUGUUUAUGUAUUACUCUGUAUAUUUAUUAGUUAAUUAUAUGAAAAUUAUUCUCAAUUAUUUGAAAA